AUGCGUUUCUCUGCUCUUGUCACGCCCAUCCUAGUCGGACUUGCCCUGGCCGCACCCACUCCUAGAGCGGGAGACCUUGAGCGCUUUGAUGCUUUGACGACUGUAUCUGAAAAACGAGGCCUUCAGUUUGCCGAUGAUGAUAUCAACAAGCGAGCUCCCCGUGAGGAAGAUAAACGAGGCCUUCAGUUUGCCGAUGAUGAUAUCGACAGGCGAGCUCCCCGUGAGGAAGACAAACGAGGUAUCGUACGGGAAGAUAAACGAGGCAUCGUACGGGAGGAUAAACGAGGUGUCGUACAGGAAGACAACGGGGAUAUAAUCCAAAAGAAGUGA